GAGCUACCCGUGGAUAUGGGAAAAUUAAUCUACUUGCGCCAUCUUGAUAUCAGAGGAACUAAAUUGACUGAAAUGCCGACGCAAAUGAGUAUGCUAAAAGAUCUCCAAUGUUUAGCAUAUUUUGUAGUUGGCAAGAAUAGAGGGUCAAGGAUUAGUGGGUUGAAAGAACUGUGCCAUCUUGGAGGGAAACUCGAGAUUUUAGGGCUGGAAAACGUAGUAAGUGGUCAGGAUGCGUUAGAGGCCCUUAUGAAGGAUAAGAAGCAUCUUAAACAAUUAGAGUUGAAAUGGGGUGGUGAUGCGAAUGAUUCAACAAAGGAAAGAGAUGUACUUGACAAACUACAACCUCAUAUCGGGCUGAAGUCUCUCGGCAUCUUCAACUAUGGGGGCACAAAAUUUCCGAAUUGGUUAGACGGAGCUCAUUCGCUUCGUAACAUUGUGUCCUUGCAACUAACAAGAUGUACAAAUUGCUAUUUUUUGCCGUCAAUUGGGCAGCUACCGUCUCUAAAAUAUCUUAAAAUUGACGGGAUGAAACAAAUAACUAAGGUGGGUCGAGAGUUCUAUGAGGAUGCCUCUUCUUCUUCUUCAAUCAAACCAUUUCAAUCUCUGGAGUUACUAAGCUUUAAGCAAAUGGAAGAGUGGGAGGAAUGGCAUGCAUUAGGAGCUGGAGAGUUCUCUUGCCUUUUAAGACUUUAUUUAGUCGAUUGUCCCAAGCUGACCGGUGAAUUGUGCACCCGAUUCCCAUGUCUAAGGAAACUUGAAAUUUCCAAAUGCCAACGGCUGGUGUCCCAUCAAGUUGGGUUGUUGCUGCAAGGCCUGCCUUCUCUUCAAGAUUUGAAGAUGUCAGAUAUGAAAAACUUAACAGAAUUGCCGCAACAACUGCAAAACCUGUCUACUCUUCAGAAAUUGGAGAUUUCAAGGAUGCAAAACUUAAAGGAAUUUCCUCCAGAAUUGUGCGGAUUAAUUAAACUUGAAAGGUUGAAGAUAGCAAUAUGUCCGAGCCUUGUGUCAAUUCUGGACACGGGAUUGCCGCCGAUGCUUAAGACUCUGGAGAUCAAGGAAUGUGAAGCUCUACAGACAACAACAGUAGCAGCAGCAGUAGGUCUACCUCAUCCUACUUUGAAAGAACUUGUGAUCGACGAAUGUAGAAGUUUAGAGUUUCCCCUGCCGGAGGAGACGGAACUUAAUUUCAACAAAUCCAUUGAAGUUUUGGGGAUAACCGGACGCUGUCAUCUUCUCAAAUCACUGCCGUUAGGCUUCUUCCCAAAUCUUCGUUCUUUAAACAUCCGAGGGGGUAAAAAUUUUGAAACGCUUUCAAUUUCAGAUUGCGAGUUCCAAAAUCUGAUGGAAUUUAGAAUAGGGGAUUACCCUAGAAUGGUAUCCUUUUCCCAAGGAGGACUGGCCGCCCCCAAUCUGACCUACUUUUCUGUUAGUCAUUGCAAGAAUCUGAAGUCGUUGCCACAACGAAUGCCCACCCUCCUCCCAUCUCUUGAAGUAUUGUUGAUAAAUAACUGUCCAGAAAUUGAAUCAUUUCCAGAUGGAGGUUUGCCUUCCAAUUUGCGUGAACUUGUCAUCCAACAUAAUUGCGAGAAACUCGUGAAGGGCCGGAUGGGGUGGGGUUUGCAAACACUCCAAUCUCUUGAAAAAUUCACGAUCACUGGUGAAUAUAAAGAAGUGUUGGAGUCAUUUCCGGAGGAAUGGUUAUUGCCCACCACUCUUACCAAUCUAUGUUUGUGGUGGCUUUCAAAUCUGAACUCACUGAACCACAAGGGCCUUCAACACCUCACCUCUCUUACACAUCUACGCAUGCACAAGUGCGGUAAGUUCCAGUCCUUGCCAGAAGAGGGGCUGCCCAACUCCCUCUCUCACCUGUAUAUAUCCAAAUGUCCAUUGCUGAAACCACGUUGCCAAAGUGUGAAAGGGGAAGAUUGGCCCAUCAUUUCCCGAAUCCGCCACAUAAGGAUGGAUGAUGAGGACAUCGUAAAUUUAGAGUGACAGACACUCAUGCAUGUUCGCAUUGGAUUCUUCUGGUUCGUGUAAUGGAAAACCCUCUUAAUUCCUUCUAUUCAGGCUGUCAACGCGUUCGUUUCUUGGAGCACCACAUGAUCAAAUCUCAACUUUCUCCACAUUGAUGGUUCCACAGAAACUCCAAUUUUCAGUCAGCUAAAAACCCACCCUUAGGUCUCUGUUUGAUUCUCAGAAACAAUGAUGAAAGUCAAAGGAAAUGGAAAAAGAAGAAGUUAAAGAAAAUAGUUCACAGAUUUUCAAUGGUUUCCCCACAGAACUGCUUAACAUCCUGUUUUCGUGAAACUUGCAGUGUCACAGAGGGGAAAUAUUGAUCUCA